GCGCGGGGUGUCCAGAGAAAACAAGAGGGGAAUAAACAUGAUGACGAUAUUGAAGCGUUGGUCUGAUAAGACAGCGCAGUCCCGAGUGAAGCAAAACACUCUGAGUCCCGCAAGCUCCGUAACCAGAGGAAAACUUGAAGUUUGAAGCCUCAGGCUACCGGCGCGGGGGCAUGCGCCCCGAACGGAGCAGAAAAGAGUGCAUGAAAAUCGUCGCUGCGCAAAUGCGACACCGCAGAGAGAAAUUAAAGAUUCGAAUCUUGAAAAAGAAGUGCCGAUGCUGAAGCAUACGGCUCCGGGCCGAUCCCCUCGCCUUCGCGCGCAUGGGCGAGGAAUGGGAGGAGGGAUGGAGAGUGAAAAAACCAGUUCAAAACACUGGGGCCCAGCAAAGCUGGAGCGGAUUCUCGAAUCGUGCCGCGCACGCAACAGGCUCGUGGAGUACGCAGGAAGAGGGGGGGGGACAGGGGGAAAGGAAGGGGCGGGGGGGGCGAGGAAUGGGAGGAGGGAUGGGGAGGGAUAAAACCAGUUCAAAAAACACGGGGCCCAGCAAGGCUGGAGCAGAAAAGUGAACUGUGCUGUUCGAGAAAAUGUUACAAGGUCUGGAUGCUCGUCAGCUUGGUGGCUUUGAUCGUCACGCCUGGCGUCGACAUGCACUUCGCAAAGCUUAGCGAGAACGUCGCCUCUCGUAGGGGGACAAAGACUGCCAUAAACAUUAAGACUCGGAGGUCCGCGCACCGCGCGCUGGGGGCGGCGCCAGAGGCGCCGCCAGGGAACCCCAGCGCCGAUCCGAGGAACCCGCACGGACGUCCGCAUCUCUAUGGUUAUGACAUCGUUUGUUCCCCUGUCAGGUCGCUCACCACCCUCGGGCCGCCCGCGGCUGCAUGCGCGGAUGCGGAAGUGGAAGCCAACGCUUGCGCGAGGGCGCCUCCUCUCAUCAGCGCUUGCGCGAAGGCGGGCUGAAACUGACUCGCGGACCCGGUCUGGCCCCGAAGCAGGUCCUCGCGAAGCCGUAGGGGUCGGGCGGACCGAGGAACACCUCGGCGGCGCCUGUCUCAUAUGGACAGCGUCCGCGGCCACACCGACAGCGAGCCCUGUUCGACCAUGAGCAGGUGCGGGCACGAUCUGUACCCAUAUCCGCUGCGUCUUGGACUUUCUGGGAAGAGGCACCAACAGGCUGCGGCGUGGUGGAUGUGGGUAAACAUCUGACCUCUAGGGGCGAAACUGUUCUGUCCAUAUCCACGGCGCCUCUGGUUUCGGAGCAAGGCAGCCCGAAACCCCAAGACGCAGUGGACGUGGGUAAAAGUCUUAAACGCAGCAGGAACUGAUGUCGGUCUUCGCACCCAUCCUUGCCGUACCACUUCCCAUCCUGCCGAUCCUGGGAGCCGAGCGGUCCCUCGGCCGGGAGGCCAGCGCCGACCCGGGAAGCUGCGCGCCGGCGCACGCCGUGCCUGCCAUUGGCGGGCCGCCGCUCGGGGGGAGGGGUGCACGGGGGGGGCUGCAGCGCGUUGUCGCGAAGGGUGCUCGGCCUGCGGACCUCUUAAAACCGGUGGCUGCGGAUGGAGAGGGAAAAGAUUGACUGACUGACUGACUGACUGACUGAGUGACUGACUGAC